UUUACCAUAAAGACAAUUCAAGAAGAAGCAGUAGAAGAAGAAGAAGCGGACGUGACAGUGACGACAUUUGACGCAGCUUCUGACGUCAUCACGCACAACGUGUAGCACUGAAGCAACAUGGCUCUGAAUGGAGAUGACGAGGACUUUGACUGGGAGCCUCCAACAGAGGCAGAGAUGAAGGUGAUCCAGGCCCGCAGGGAGCGACAAGACAAGAUCAGCAAGCUGAUGGGAGACUACCUGCUCAAAGGAUACAAGAUGCUGGGAGAGUGUUGUGAUGUGUGUGGGACUAUUCUUCUCCAGAACAAACAGCAGAAAAACUACUGUGUCUCAUGUCAGGAGUUGGACUCUGAUAUUGACAAGGACAACCCUGCUCUUAAUGCUCAGGCAGCACUGUCCCAAGUGAGAGAGAGACAGCUUGCAGCCCAGUCCCCCGCACCAUCCCAGGCCCCUGAACUCAAUGGGGGCCCAAGUACCAGUCAGCCCAGUGUGUCAGUUCCCAGACCGGAGCACUGUGAGGGGGCUGCCGCGGGAGGAAGAGCUGCCGUUCUUCCACCUGCUGUCCCUUCUCCUGUAACUCCUCCCUCCACCACAGCCCUAGCACCUGCUCGCCCUCCAGUUAGUCCACAGAGCUCUGCCAUCCAUCAUGUGUUGCAAGAUGCCGAGGAAGCCGUUCUAACCAAACUUCGCUGGGCCACUACCCAGCUACAGAGUUCGGCCUCAUUGGAGACGAGUAUCCAGCUCUGCAGCCUCAUUACCAGCUGUGCCAGCUCACUGCGCAGCCUCAAAGAGCUCAGCCAGUAAGCACCAUGGAAAAGGUUGAAACCCUGGACUAACAGGAACACUGUUUCUACUUGCCUCUGUCCUGGAAUACUGACUCUGGUUCGCUGCUUUUCAGCAUUGCUGACUGAAACCUUGCAUAGAGCUGAAUUCAAAAUUGGUCAGGAAAUGCACUUGAAAUAGGAUUAAAAUGUCAAAAGCUACUCUUCAGCAGUAUGAUUUGGAUGUUUUGGUCAGUUUGUAAGUUGUGAUAUAAUGAUAAGAGCUGAACAUUUAAAAUGCACAUUCAUCCUUGUUAUUCACUUUUAACCAUCAGGCCAAAUUUAAUCUGCCCUAAACAAUAAAAGACUGCCAAGGUAUUUCCAUAUUUGAUUGGAUUUGAUUGAUUCAAAAUGGCCACCAAAUGGAAGUCUGAAGAAAUGACCGCAUCUGUUUUUCGUUAUUGAUUAAUGCAACUGUUCUCUGAUCAGACCCUCACUGGUGCAUUUAUGGUUCAGCCCGAUGCUCACAGAGAUUUCUGUUGUCUUUGACCCCCUGGUGAUGCAGGAAUUGUAGAGUUAUUGUGCGCCAGCAGUUCUGAGAUUUUUAUUGUUAAUAUAUUUGCUACAUGUUGGUGAGGGUGAUGCAGAUGAUGAUAAAGGCCAUGUGAGCCGGUGGUACUCAGAUGAGACAGGGCAACAUUCAGCAGUCAGACCCACGAUUCUUUAUUCAUUAAAAACACGCAGAGCAAAUAAACUGCUCUGUCCAUUAACAGAGAUAGAUAAAAGUCAGCUUCAGCGUUGCUCAACGCAGUUAGAUAAUUAUGCACCUAAAUGAAACCGUUCAGGAGGGCUGCAAUCUGUUUCUUUCCACAAGAGGGCGCCAUAUACCAAAAAAGCAACACCGUGAAGUUUAAGCGGAAAACUCUGUAUUUAAACAAGUCCCAUUUUAAGUACCAAUAAAAAGGCAACUUGCAUUUAAGUUUAAA